AUGGCUCCGAAACGCAAAGCACAGGCAGAGCAGGACGAGACCUCCGUUUCAUCUUCCAAAAGCGAUGCCAGUUCCAAGAAGCAACCUGGUUUAGACUCUUAUCCGCCCUCCAAAGUCUAUCGCCUCAUCGAACCCGGCCCCGUGCUGCUGGUCACAACAGGGUCACUGGCCGACUCAACACACAAUGUGAUGACUAUUGGAUUCCACAUGGUAAUGCAGCACGAGUCUCCCCCUCUGAUCGGCAUCACACUCGGCCCAUGGGACGCGUCCUUUGCUGCUUUGAAGAAGAACCGUGAGUGUGUGCUCGCCGUCCCAUCCGUCGAGAUGGCUGGUGUUGUUGUUGAUAUUGGGAAUUGCUCCGCCGACGAUGCCAACCUGACGAGCAAAUGGGAGCGCUUUGGGCUGGAUGCGCUGCCCGGCGCUCGAGUCAAGGCACCACUGGUAGGAGGUUCAGAUAUCAUUUCCAACAUCGAGUGUGUGGUUGAAGACACGAAGAUGGUCAGCAAAUACUCAAUGUGGGUAUUACGGCCUGUUAAGGCGUGGAUCAACCCGGACAAGAAACCUGGAGAGGGUGGGAAGAUGUUCCAUCAUCGUGGUGAUGGAACGUUCGUUGUCGAUGGGGACAUUCUGAAUUUGCAGGACCGCAUGCCUGCCAGUGUGCCACUACAGCCGGAAAAUAUUAAUAAUAGUAUGCAUCGAGUCUUCAUGAAGAUCGACAGCUCUCCUGUGAUCGCUGAAUAG